ACCCGAACUUUCCGCCGCUCAUCAUACCCACGAUUCUGUUAUUAAACCCAAAACGGCUGUCUCAUGAUCAUCGCUCCGAGUCUCCGACCUGAUCUCAACCUCUGAUAAUACUUGACAGUUAACAUUUCUCUGAUCACCGACCGGAAUUCGCAAUUCGGAGAGUGUUCUAGUGCGAUUCCGAUGGGUGAUGACGUCGGUAGCGACGAUGACUGUAAUUAUUAUUAUGACGAUGAGGAGGAUGGUGAUCGGGAUUACAGUGAUGAUGGAGAUGAGUAUUUGGCAGGGUUUGAAGCGCUCGAGAACGAUGUGGUUCUGGAUUCCCUGAGCUACCGUCCGUCGACUGAGGUUAUCACAAGGGAGUCACUCUUGGCUGCACAGGAGGAGGAUUUGCAUAAAGUGAUGGAGUUGCUAGCCCUCAAGGAACACCAUGCGCGGACAUUGCUUAUUUAUUGUCGUUGGGAUAUUGAUAAGGUGCUUGCAGUGCUUGUAGAGAGUGGAGAAGAUAAGUUAUAUGCUGCAGCAGGGAUAAAAGUGGUAGAGCAUGAGGAUCAUUUUUCAUCCCAGUUAUCAUCCAUUGUUACAUUUACAUGUAACAUAUGCUUUGAGGUUCUGUCAGCUGACAUGGUAGCUAUCAUGGACUGUGGUCACUACUUUUGCAAUGACUGUUGGACUGAGCAUUUUAUUGUGAAGAUUAAUGAGGGCCAGAGUAGACAAAUUAGGUGCAUGGCACACAAGUGUAAUGCUAUCUGCGAUGAAGCAAAAAUCAGACAAUUAGUAAGCACCAGGGAUCCUAUUCUUUCUGAGAAAUUUGAUAGAUUUCUUUUAGAAUCAUAUAUUGAAGACAAUAGAAGAGUUAAAUGGUGUCCUAGUGUUCCCCAUUGCGGAAAUGCAAUUCGAGUUGAGGAUGUUGAACUUUGUGAAGUUGAAUGUCCAUGUGGUAAACAAUUCUGUUUUAGCUGCACAUCUGAAGCACACUCACCCUGCUCUUGUAUAAUGUGGGAACUCUGGUCCAAGAAAUGCCAUGAUGAGUCGGAGACAGUUAAUUGGCUUACUGUCAACACAAAGCCUUGUCCAAAAUGCUACAAGCCAGUUGAAAAAAAUGGAGGAUGCAACCAUGUAUCGUGUCUGUGCGGACAAUCAUUUUGUUGGCUUUGUGGUGGUGCUACUGGUCAGGAUCACACUUACACCUCUAUCACUGGUCAUAGUUGUGGGCGAUACAGGGAUGACCAUGAGAGGAAUGCUGCAUUUGCAAAGCAGUACUUAGAAUGUUACAUCCACUACCACGACCGAUAUAAAGCUCAUAAGGAUUCUUUUACACUUGAGUCUAAGCUGAAGGAUACCAUACAGCAGAAAAUAAACAUGCUGAAGGGAGAAGUAUCAACAAUUAAAGAUUUCAGUUGGUUGGCAAAUGGACUCUAUAGACUCUUUAGCUCAAGGAAGGUUCUUUCAUAUUCUUAUGUAUUUGCAUUCUACAUGUUUGGUGAUGAUCUAUUCAAAGAUGAAAUGAGCAAGCAGGAAAGAAAAAUAAAACGAAAUUUGUUUGAGGAUCAACUGCAGCAGUUUGAGGAACAAGUUGAGAAGCUUUCUUCAUUAUUAGAAAAGUUUGGAAGUUGUCUUGAGGAUGACAUAAUGAGUUUUAGAAUGAUGAUUAUUACUCUUUCUAUGGCCAUAGAUAAUCACUGCCGAAAUUUGUAUGAAUACAUUGAGACAGAUUUAUUGGGUUCCCUCAAGUGGACAGUUCAUAGAAUAGCUCCUUACAGAUCAAAGGGUGUAGAGAAAGCUUUUACAUGAUUGUGAGAUGCCAAAAUGAAGCAAAGGUAUGAAUUUUACAGCUUAAAAGCAAAAUGGUAUUGGUGGUUAAUUGUCAAGCCUACUUGUAUAUCCUUUAUUUUACGUAUUUUUCAAUGAUAAUCCCAUUUUCUGGUGGUACCGGUGGUUUAUACAUACGACUAACAUGUCUUCCAACAGCUACUAACCUAGAAGGAAUGAUGGAUAUUCUCAGCAAAUGUUCGGCAUCUGGAGUGGAACUGAACAAGGUUGAAACUGAUCGAUUCAACCAUAACACCAGGGAACAACGGAAAAUCUGGCAGAAAGGGUUUGUUGAUCUUUAAGUUGCCAUGGAGAAGCAUUAAAAAGAUAACUGGUAUUUGGAGUCGUGAUCUAUAGAUGCUGCCUUAUUUCCAAUAAAUUAUUGGGGGCAGUUGUUUUUUCUUACACUUGCACAGAAAAUGUAUACCUGCUGUUCAAAGGCAGUGCCUCUGUCACCUAACUGAAUUGCAGCCACGAAAUGCAGGAACUUCUUGAU